UGCAGUUUGGAGUAUGCGAAUCUUGAAACGAAACCAAGCUUUAAGAAAUAAAUUAUUAUUCGCAGUGAAGAUCCUCUUCUUCUGCAGCUUAGCACACCACAUCGUUGCAAUUUGCAAAGAUGAAUAGGAGGCAGCAAAAAGCCUUCAGAUUUGUGAUAUGGAUUCUGGGACUCUUUCUCAUCGCUUACAUUGCAGGACGACCCUUGUAUUGGCAUCUCUAUGAAUCCAUUAAUUCCACCUCUUCUCCUUGUCCUCCUUGCCAAUGUGAUUGCUCUCUUCAACCCCUUAUUUCUCUUCCAGAAGGAUUGACCAACAAUUCCAUUUUAGAUUGCAUGAGGCAUGAUCAAGAGGUGAGUGAAGAGAUGGGGAAGAAUUUUUCAGACCUUUUAGCAGAAGAAGUAAAGGAAAAAGAAGCUGAAGCUGAGGAAAAACAAAGAAAGGCAGAUUCAAUGCUUUUAGAGGCUAAGAAAAUAGCAUCUCAGUACCAAAAGGAAGCUGACAAAUGCAAUUCAGGGAUGGAGAGUUGUGAGCAGGCAAGGGAAAGAGCUGAGACAACACUUGAAAAUCAGAUGAAAGAAACUGCUCUGUGGGAGCUCAGAGCUCGCCAAAGAGGCUGGAACAAAGAUGCUUCAAAGAAAGCUCGAGCACGUUCUUGAUUAGGUUAUCACACUAGUUCUACACUCUUCUAUUCUUCUUUUAUUAUUCUCGUUACUUCAUAUGUUAUUUAGUAAAAAUAAAUGUACAAGGAUACUUCUGCUUUUAAAUUUCCCUUAGAUUGAGCCAUGUAUUU